CACAUUGAUCUCUCCCGAGCAUCGAAAGUGUCACUAUCGCCAUCACCAUUGCUAUUCUGCUCAGGGAUCUACUGCUGCAUCGCUACCACGACUUAUAAACCGAUUCCAUUACGGCCUGAUAGGCAGUUGAGAUCUCUCUCCAACGCGCAGGAGACCAACGGCGAUGGGCCGUGAGCAUGGUGACUGUGUCCCAUCUUCCACUAUUCAGAGUUUCACACACGGGGUCCUCUAUCCAGCGCUCUGCGUGAUUGGCAUUGUCCUUCUCGCGCGACGAAUCAGACACCACCGACAGCGGAAGUACCAGCUUCCCGAGCGGCGACAGGACUCAAUACGAUCCACAUCUCUCGCAGAAAAGUCCGGUGGCGACAUGUCUGCAGGCCAGGGAGCAGCGGCGCCCUACAUCAGGGACCCUUCCCACGACGUGGUGACGACGACGGCGGCGGCGACAUCAUCCUUGCCGUCUGCCUGUGAUAUCCUCCAACCCCUGUCUCAGUUGACCCCACUGCCCUCCAGUGGCCAUCUCGCGGCCAUUCUAGGCCGCGCGAAACAGCCCACGCAUCCUGCGAACAAGAAGCCAACAGGUGGCCCCGGCGGCGAUCCUGGCGCCAGCGCGGGUCCGAGUAGUGACUACUCGAGACCGUCGACCUCAGAGACCCAAGCCAGUGACCUGUCUGGCGGCGGGAGUGAUCAAUCAAGCUACUCUGGGACCAGGGAUUCGCUACCGCCGAUGGCGCCUACACCGACUGAGUGGCGGCCCGUGGAAAGCCCAGCAGGUUACUACUCCUCCUCCCACGACGACCACUUCGAUGGGUCAGAGCUAUCGGGCGAGCCAGUAGGCCCGCGGCCGCCAGUGCAGAAGAGUGGCCAAGUUGCUCAGCUACUCCAUGAUGCUGAUGAGGAAGGCGUGCGGACAUGGAGACGGCUGAUGGUCGAGUAUAGCUGAAAGUGGAUGACGAGCUGUCCAAUGAGCCGAUGCGGGAUGGAUCCUUCGUCCUUCUAGGUUUGUUCCAUUCCUUUUCCUGCUUCCCAGGCCCUUUAGGUUCUUUUUCCUUUUUCUCUCAGUUCAUUUACGAUUCCAUUUUUUUUUCUGUCUCCCUCUUUGCUUUCGUUCUUUCUGUUUUUCCCUCGCCUUUUCCCUGUUCUUCCGUGUUAUCCUCUUUCGUGCUCUUUUUUUCGGGUGGGGAUUUGACAUGAGACUACCUAUUUUGGUGUUGGGCUAUGGUCUGGUGGCGGAGAUGAGGUAGGCAGACAUAGUACUGGAUUGGUACUUGGUCGCGCCGAUAUUAUGUAUGCCGAUGAUAGUAUGAUUCUAAUGAUUGCGCCAUCACUUACUGUUCACUUACGUUCAAUGUUCAAACUACA